AUCGUGGGAGAAGAUGGGAGAAGAGAAGCGGCACCAGAUGAUGCAGAACCUCUUCGGUGAUCAAUCGGAAGAGGAAGAUGAAGUCGAAUCCAAUCCCCGACCCUAUUACGCUUCUGAUGAAAGAGAGGGUGGGGUUGAGCCUGAAGGGGAAGGUGAAGUAGAGAUUCAUGGAGAGGUAGAAGUAGACAGUGAAGGUGAUUUGCUUGAUGGAGAUCCUGAUCCUGGUGAAAGUGAAGGGGAGACAGAUCCAAGUUCCCAAGAGGUGGAAGUUGGUGAUCAAAGAGAAGAAAGUGAGUUAAUAGACACGGAUAGUGGUGCUAAAGACCACUACAGCCCGAGAGUAGUGACAAGCAAACACAGGGUCGUGGUCGAGAGUGUAGUAGAGAGAUCAGAGGAGAACGAGAACCAUUACCCCAUCAGUGAUGAUGAGGAAGUUGACGAAGCUAGAAGUUCAAGUGGAUCACCCAGAGAUGACAAGGAUCAGAUUCCUGAUUUGCAUUCUGUUCCUGAAAUUCGUGAUGUAUUUGGUGAUUUUGAUGAUGAAGAAGAGGAGGAGGUGGAGUAUGCAGUUCAGCAUGACAUUGAGCAAGAUUCAAAUAGAUAUCCUGUGGAAGAGGAAGGGAGCUAUGAAAAAAACCUGAGAGCAGAGGAUGUACUUGCUGAUGAAGAUCAUCAGUAUGAGUCAGAGGAAGAACAUUUUGAGAUGAAACCUAAAGAGAAACCACUUGGGCCACCGUUGGAGUUAGAGGUUCCACUGCGACCACCUCCAGCUCUUCCAGAAAAGAUGAACAUGAUUAAAGUUUCUAAUAUUAUGGGUGUUGACCCAAAACCAUUUGAUCCUAAAACAUACGUGGAAGAGGAUACCUUUGUGACUGAUGAAACUGGAGCUAGGAAACGCAUACGCUUGGAGAACAAUAUUGUGCGCUGGAGGACCAUCACAAAUCCUGAUGGCACAACAUCUUAUGAAAGCAAUGCUCGCUUUGUGAGGUGGUCUGAUGGCAGCUUGCAGUUAUUAAUUGGGAAUGAAGUUCUUGACAUGUCAGUGCAAGAUGCACAGCAUGAUCAAGCGCAUCUUUUCCUCAGACAUGGGAAGGGAAUCCUCCAAUCUCAAGGAAGGUUAUUAAGAAAAAUGAGGUUUAUGCCAUCUUCCUUGACAUCGAAUUCUCAUCGGCUGCUGACUGCUCUAGUUGACUCGAGGCAUAAGAAGGUUUAUAAGGUUAAAAAUUGUAUUACUGACAUUGAUCCUGAGAGAGCAAAAGAGGAAAAAGAGAAGGCUGAAAGUCAAACAAUCAGGGCUAAUGUACUUCUUAACCGUAAACGUGAAAAGGUGAACCGGAAAUAUCCUCACACUGUGGAGAGGAGGCGUCAACUUUCUCCUGGAUUUUUGGAGGAUGCUUUGGAUGAGGAUGAUGAAACAGAUUAUUAUGAUUCUCGUCGUUCUCAACGCCACUUUGAGGAAGAUUUGGAACUGGAAGCUCGGGCUGAGAAACGAAUUAUGAAUGCUAAAAAGUCACAGGGACCCAAAGAUAUCCCUCGAAAAUCUCCCUUGCCGCCUGCCAAAUCUUCCCAGCACCCAAUGGAUUACUCAGAUGAUGAUAGAGAGGAAUCUGAGUAUGAAACUGAUGGGGAGGAAGAUGAGAGGCCUCUUUCACAUAAAAGGGAAGAUACUGAGCCAGAGUACGAGGGUGAGGAAGAAGAAGAACAUUAUGAAGAAGAGGCACAAGUUAAUGAUUCAUCAGAUGAGGAGGAGGAGGAAGAGGAGGAACCAAAGCAAAAGAGUAAGCAGUUUAGAGGCAGUGUCAAAAGGAAGGGAUUUGAAUCAGAUGAGGACUCUCCAUCUAGGAAAACAACAACAGUCAAACGGCGAAUGGCAGUGGUUUACGAUAGUGACGAGGAAUGAAUUUCUUCAAGCCAGAUUUUAAUAGUGACUAACCUUAGCCUUCAAUGCAAACUUGAGCGUUGUUAUUAUGUUCUUGUGAUGAAAUGCGCCAUCAGAUUUUCAGUGAUUUAUUUAUCGCUGUGUUUUGUUA